CGAGAGAGGGAGAGAUAGAGAGAGAAACCGGAAGUAGGCUCAGAAGACAGGAAGAACAAAGAGGGGAAAGUACCCCGGUUCAAAACACAUUUACACUCAACUCCCUUCCCAUUUGUCACCGUAAGCGGCCGCGCAACACAAUAGACAGUGCACUAGAGGGUCAGCUGGUCUGAAUAUGGCAAACAGUGCACAAGAUGUGGAAAACAACACGGACCAGCAGGAGGCCAACGGAGCUCCAGACCACCCUCAGCAGCAGCACCAAGGAGCCGGCAUGACCAGAGCUCGAUCCAGAGGGGGUUCAGGUACUGGAGGAGGAGGUGGAGGAGAUGAUGGAGGCGGAGGCGGCAGCGGUCCGGAGCAGAAUGGCCAGGCCCCAGCGGCCAGGCCUCCUCCUCGCGUGGUGGAAGCGGAGGAGGAGGAUGACGAGGAGCUGACGCUGAAAUACGGCGCCAAGCACGUCAUUAUGCUCUUCGUUCCCGUCACGCUCUGCAUGGUGGUCGUCGUGGCGACUAUCAAGUCUGUCAGCUUCUACACGCAGAACGACGGCCAGAGACUUAUCUACACACCUUUCCCCGAGGACACGGACACGGUGGGCCAAAGAGCGGUCAACUCCAUCCUGAAUGCCAUCAUCAUGAUCACGGUGAUCAUCGUCAUGACUUUGGUGCUGGUGCUGCUGUACAAGUACCGUUGCUACAAGGUGAUCCAAGGCUGGCUCUUCCUCUCCUCGCUCCUCUUGCUCUUCUUCUUUUCUUACAUCUACCUCAAAGAGGUGUUCAAGACCUACAACGUGGCCAUGGACUACUUCACUCUGGCCGUCGUCAUCUGGAACUUCGGAGUGGUGGGAAUGAUGUGCAUCCAUUGGAAAGGGCCUCUGCGCCUCCAGCAGGCCUACCUCAUCAUGAUCAGCGCUCUCAUGGCGCUGGUGUUCAUCAAGUACCUGCCGGAGUGGACCGCGUGGCUGAUAUUAGCGGUCAUAUCCGUCUACGAUCUGUUGGCCGUGCUCUGUCCUAAAGGGCCUCUGAGGAUCUUGGUGGAGACGGCUCAGGAGAGGAAUGAACCCAUCUUUCCCGCUCUCAUCUACUCGUCUACAAUGGUGUGGCUCGUCAACAUGGCCGACACGGCCCCGCCCAAGAGUUCCGCAGACGCGACCUCACCUCUGCCGGAGCCUCAAGAAGCGGUGGCGUCCCCGGUGCCGUCCAGCCCAUCUCAGGACGACGGCGGCUUCACCCCGUCCUGGGUCAGCCACCAGGAGCACCAGCUGGGGCCGCUGCAGUCCACGGAGCAGAGUCGGCGGGAGAUCCAGCAGAUGCCCUCGGAUCGUCCUCCUCUGGACGACGACGACGAGGAGCGGGGCGUCAAGCUGGGCCUCGGAGACUUCAUCUUCUACAGCAUGCUGGUGGGAAAAGCCUCGGCCGCCGCCAGCGGCGACUGGAACACCACGCUCGCCUGUUUCGUCGCCAUCCUCAUUGGCUUGUGUUUGACCCUGCUCCUGCUCGCCAUCUUCAAGAAGGCGCUCCCCGCUCUGCCCAUCUCCAUUUUCUUUGGCCUGGUCUUCUACUUUGCCACUGAUAACCUGGUACGCCCCUUCAUGGACGAGCUGGCGCUGCACCAGUUCUACAUUUAGCACCAUUGGCCUUUUCUACAGCCGGAGGAUCCACCCGAGGACAGGACGUCUUUUUUUUUUUUUUUUAGUUCUGCCUUUUCUGUCAGCCUGAUGGAGGGUGUUCUCACCUGUUUGUUCUUAUAAAAUCGAGAGGCGUUGACUACGGACCUUCCAGCGGUUUCAUCCCGUCUCAGGCGCAACACAAACUUCAGACUCCCGGCGGGACUUCAGCACCUUGUCUUCAUGCAGGGAGGCCCCGCAUCCUCACUCGGUCUGACCAGGCGUCUUCUACUGGGACGGCAGGUGCCUUGCUCAGGGACACCAGGAAGUUGAGGCAGUUCAACGAGCUCCUCCCUCGCCCAGAAGCCCUCACAUAAUGAUCAAAUCCCACGUUGGCACAUUUCACCCAGCCGCUCCGAGGAGGUCAAAGUUCAACCAGCGACCUGCCUGCGGUCAUUCUGUUAGCCUGAGUUGCAGGAGGUCCAGUGCCUUGCUCAGGGGCACCUCAGUCCCACUCGUUUUGAUUUUUGUCGCGGGAAUAAAAAUGCGCUCACUCACCGGAUUCAAACCCGCCGUCACCGCCCGAGGCUGGCCUGGUGCUGUCGCCGACUUCCUGCAUCACACGGGACCCUUCGCUCCUGUCCGCCACGUACGCACGAGCACGUGAAGAAUAAAGUGGUGACGUGAUGAUCCACAUGAUGUCAGAGCUGCACUCGUGAUGGAGAAGAAACAUUGUUGGUCUUUUGAGGGAACAUUUUUUUUUCGUGUGUCCUUUCCAUGCAUAUGUCUGUUAUGCAAAUUCCAAUGUUCCUUUUUUAAAUAAACAAUCACGAUCAAUCAACACUGCUUUUUACGCUUUCCGGUAUGACGCCUUAUGACGCAUGUCCGCCAUUCCCAAGGUGCUGUGUUCGAGCCCCACGUGCAUUCCAGC